GCACAUCUAAAAAUUGGCGUUCCAGAGAACUAUGAUGGUAUUUUCCCGUGGUACCUCACCAAGCUUCCUGAUCUUCCCAACACUUACACUGAUCUGAUGGUGACUGGUGAUGAGGAGGGGAUCUUUGGGGUUGAGUCUGGCUUCUUGUAUGCCCUCAAACCAUUAGACAGAGAGAAACAGCCCUCUUACUCUCUGCAGGUGUCCUUCACAGCCUCAAUGCAUCCUCAGAGUUUCACUGUGGAGGUGUGUGUCAUUGACAAGAAUGACAACGUGCCAGUGUUCCUGGAAGAGAGCAUGAGAGGCAGUGUGCAGCUGGGUCUCCUCAAAGGCAUCCCAUUCAUGCAGGUGGAGGCUUUGGACCGGGACGACCGGAACACGGCCCAUGCUGACUUGCGAUUCAGCUUGCUCGACCAGACUCCGCGCAUCCCUGCCAGCCACAUGUUCCAGAUUGACUCAUUGUCUGGAGAGGUGUCUCUAACUGAAGAUGGAGCUUCAACACUGGACCCAGAGAUGUGCGGUCGCUAUAAACUGUCAGUGAUGGUGAAGGACAUGGCUGGGAAGGCCAACGCGUUCUUCUCCACGGGCACCGUGCUGGUGGAAGUGACAGGAAACACUUGGGCGUCGCCUGACCCCGUGAGACUCCAGGAGAACCUGCCCGGCCCGUAUCCCAUCCCCAUCUCCCAGGUAAAGUGGAGCGGUAGUGAGGUGGAAUAUAGCCUGGAGGGAGAGUUUCCAGAGAUGCUUUUCACCAUCAGCAGAGAGGGUGUCAUUUACCUCAAUGCCCCUUUGGACAGAGAGACACAGGACCAGUUUCACAUCAGUAUAUUUGUAGAGCGGCCAGAUGGCAGAGAGAUAGCUAAGCCGGUGGAGCUGAGGGUUAUGGUGGGAGAUGCCAAUGACAACAGACCAACAUUCCCUCAGAUGCAGUACCACACAGUCGUUAAAGAACUCGCCACCAAAGGAACAGAAAUUCUCACAGUCCAGGCAGCAGACAACGAUGAUCCAAAAACGGACAACGUUCGGAUCUUCUACAGGCUGGUGGGACAGGUGCCAGAGAACCCACGGGCUCUUUUCCGAGUGGAUCGUGACUCAGGGGUCAUUACAGUCAAUUCAGACAGCAUGGAGGGAACUGCCCCUCAGUAUACACUGACCAUUACUGCAGAGGAUGCUAAAGGUUUGAACAGCUCCUGUACUGUUAUAGUGAAAGUGCUGGAUGAGAACAACCACUCACCUGUCUUCUCCCAGCAUGAGUAUGGCCCCUUUCACCUGCCUGAGGAUUCUGCAGUGGGUACCACAGUAACAGCAGUGUCAGCAUGGGAUGCUGAUGAAUGGGGAGGAGACAGCUGGCAGGUGGAUUACCGGCUGGAGUCUGGUAAUGAGGAAGAGGUCUUUACCCUCGUAACAGACAGACAGACCAACGAGGUUUCCCUCGUCCUUGAUAAGGUCCUGGACUUCGAGCGGGAGAGUGAGUACAUCUUGGUGCUCAGCGCUCAAAACCCAGUGGCCCUUGUGCGCGGCAGGUAUGGGCCUGCUUCCACGGCAACAGUCUCAAUUUUCGUUGAUGAUAUCAACGAAGGUCCUGUUCUGUCCCAGAGCCACUAUGAGGUAACAGUCAGAGAAGGGGAGGAACCGGGACGAGUUAUUGCCACAAUCCGAGGAUACGACCCUGACUCACACCCAAUCAGGUACUCUCUCAGAGGAGACACUAAGAGGUACUUCUCCAUUGGGAAGUAUUCUGGGGAGCUGAAGACCGUGCAGGCCCUGGACAGAGAAGAAAACAGUACUUAUACCAUGGAGGUGGUGGCAGAAGAUGGAAGGAAUUCCUCUCUGUCUGCUUCCACUUUGGUGACUGUGCACAUUCUGGAUGUGAAUGAUAACAGUCCCGUUUUGGUGGGGGAUUACUCCUGGAAGUACCUGUGUACUCCACGCUGGGAGGACCAAGCUCUGGUUCUAGCCUCCCGUGACAGUGAUGGCCCACAGCAUGGUGGAAGACUCAACUUCUCCCUCCGGAGUGACGCCACUGUACGCCGCAACUGGAAACUCACACCCAUCAAUGACACUCACACCAACCUGUCUCUGAACAUUCCUUACCUGCCUCCUGAAGUCUACACUGUCCCUUUUACCAUUUCCGAUAGCAGCUCCCCACCCAGGAGCACCUUCAUCAACCUCCCAGUGACAGUUUGUUCAUGCAACGUGAGAGGAAACUGCAAGACUGCCGCUAAGCAGCUUCCAGGCAUGCCCACCAUCCAGUCCACCCUUGGCGUUCUGCUGGGAACCCUGGGUGUCAUAGGAAUCAUCCUAAUUGUUAUUUUCAUGAGACUGUCCUACCAGGAGCCUAAACCUCCAAACAAGGCCAACCAGGAGAGAGUGCCUCUGAAAAUCUCAAUUUAA